AUGGCGUACGAACCAGGUCGAGGAGACAGCAUUUCUCCAUCAGGCACUGUAGCUUUCACAGCCAAGCUGAAGGUCGAUGACAGCUACCCCUGUUACUCUGGAGCCCUGAAGUUUACCACUUUACUGGUCAACGAGGGAGGAGGCUACAGUCCCGACACGGGCCUCUUCACCUGCCCCGUGGAUGGCUUCUAUUACUUCACCGUGCAUAUGUCUGUGUAUGGACGCGGACAGGGCGCUAUCUUCAAGAAUGGAGAGAAAGUAGUGUCUCUGUAUCACACCUCUCUGCCUGAUAAGUGCAGCCAAGUGGCCAGUAUGAGCAGUGUGAUCAAACUGUCCAAAAACGAUGAGGUCGCUGUGAAUAUCUGGGGGCCGGGCAGAAACGAUAUCUUUGCAACUGUAGACAAUGACACUGUGUUUACUGGUUUUCGUUUGGGUUAA